ACAGACCAGAGGCUGUUCCAGGAAAAGCAAUCGAGCGUGAUUCCGUCGACCUAUCGGGGGGGCUCGGAAGAUGGCAUCCUCCGAGCAACCUGAUCCACCAGCACAGCCUGGCCCUCCUCCUGGAGACGACGGGGCAGCUGGGCCCAGAGAAGCGCUGGUUGCAACUGCUGUAAAAUUUCUGCAGAACCCGAAAGUACGCGAGAGCCCCCUGGGCACCAGAAAAGCCUUCUUGAAGAAAAAAGGACUCACUGAUGAAGAGGUAGAGUUGGCCAUCCAGCGCUCUGGCAGCACAGAGGAAGUCCUGCCUUUGAGCCCUGUGGGGCUCCCACAUCCACCUUAUGCAACUCAACUAUCUCCUCCACCACCCACAGGCUACAGAUGGAGAGACUAUGGCGCGCUCACCAUCAUUAUGGUUGGCAUCGCAUUUGGCUUUCAUCAGCUUUACAAGAAAUACAUCCUUCCCCUCAUUAUGGGGAGCCGAGAGGACAAGAAGCAUCUGCAGAGGAUGGAAAGCAACAUUGCAGCAAUGAGUGGCACGCUGACACAGACAGUUACCCAGCUGCAGCAGACUCUGGUCCACAUCCAGGAGCUGCUGGUCCAGCAGCAGCAGAAGAUCCAGGAGCUCUCGCAAGAACUGGCUACAGCAGAGACAUCUUCCUCAACCAACCGCAUCCUGGACAACCAAACAGUGGGAGAGCUGAAGGCUGAGAUUGCCUCUUUGAAGGGCUUACUGCUCAGCAGGAGACAGUUUCCCUCCACUCCUGCUAUUCCUAAGAUCCCUUCAUGGCAGAUCCCUCUGAAAUCGCCUUCAGCGACCGCCUUGCCCUCCCUGAGCCACACCAACAGCAGCAGCGACAUCUCCCCCGCCAGUAACGACUCGGCCAACUCUUCCCCAGUCAAAGAUGGACACCAGAGCCCCCAGGACGCGCUGGGGGGGCCAGACGGAGCCCACAGUAUAAACGGAGACGCCUGCACAACACCGCCGCUAGACCAGGUCCGCAUGGAGGUGCAGGGCGAGGAGGAAAAGAAGGAGGAUGACGAAGAGGAUGAUGUUACCCAUGUGGAGGAGGAGGAGGAGGAGGAAGAUGUUCUGAGCAUGCAGACGCAGGAUCGUCGAGGCGGAGAUGGACAGAUUAAUGAACAGGUGGACAAACUGAGGCGGCCUGAGGGUGCCAGCAACGAGAGCGAGAUUGAUUAGCACACAAACGCUCACUUCUCAUCCCGCCCUCGUUUCUCCACGGACCUCUCAGUUCUUACAGUUUUGAUUUCAAUUCACCUUCCCCUUUCCCGUUUCUGCUUCCUCGAAUGUUGAUCAAAAUAAGUAUUAGGCGCGGGCGUCAAAGGCGUCCCACGAUUUACUUUUGAUCCCGCAAAUCAAGCUGCAUCCAAAGCCAAAUCCCGUGUAGAGGUCUCUCCGAGUGGAGAAACGAUAGAUAGUAAAAUCACCGCAGCUUAAAAGGCGCCCGUGUAAUACUAACCGUGUCUGACUUCUAGCUUUUAAUUUAAACGACUUGACGAGAUGGUUGGCAGCUCUGCCUCGGCGUC